CACAAAAAAUGCAUAAUUAAGAAAAAUGAACAGCUUGUUAAAAUUCUGGGAUUGCAAUUGGGGUUGGAAUGAAAACCAGUAUACACAGGGGAGCCCAGGAGCGAGGUUGGGAACCACUACUCUUAUGCCUUAUUCACCUAGAUGGGAAUAUUAUCUUUUGUAUCGCUAUGCAUCAGAGGCAUUUAUUUGCUUGCAGUCAUUAUCAAUGCUUUUCAGUGCUGCUGUGUGGGUAGCUAGUUUUAGUGACUGUGGGGAAAAGACAAUUUGACAAGUUUUGUAGUACAGUAUCCUCAUUAGUAAAGCUCCUUAUUUUACAACACAAUACUGAGCUGACCAGGUCCAUAUUGUGAUGUUGGAUUGGUUGCUAAUAAUUACCAAUGGUCAGUUACAUCUCUGAUGAAUCAUGUAGGUAGGUGGAGUGGCAAAGAAGUCCAUGAAAUAGAGAUAGAUCUUCUAGGGUAGUGGCUCCCAACCUUGAUCCUGUGCAUGCAGGAUUUUGUUCCAACCAUAGUUGCAAUCUCAUAAUUUUAACAAGCUGUACAUGUUUCUUAUUUAUCUGCUUUUUAAGUCUAGGGGCAUUACUUACCCUCUUAAGCAACAUUAUGUCAGAAAUAGUUAAGCAUUCCAUGAAGAAUCGCAGACUGAUGUUCAUGUUGUGCUUAUUAUGCUGCAUUGCAAACAGUUACAUAAAAAGAGGUAACAAAAUUGUUUAACUGAUCAAAUUAAAGACUGAGGUGAAUCAAUAAGGCUCCUAAUUAGUGAAAGUGAGGACAUAUGAGCACUAAAAUCAACAAUUUGCAAUAAGGAACCACAUCUGCAUUGUUUUUAUAAGUUUAAGGAAAAAAUUCUGAAUGAACUGAAACACAUCUGUUGAACUGCCUAAUUGGGAGCCCAUUGAUUCAAAUAAAUAAAUAAUUCCUCUAAGCAUGAAAAGCACCUAAUUAAGAAAAAUCCUUGCAUCCCUGGUUGGAACAAAAACCAGCAUACACAGCGGGUCCCCAGGACCAAGAUUAGCCACUGUUCUAGGGUUCAAGAUUAGUAAGUAGUAAGAGCUGGAUCUAAAGAGCUGGGGUGCUCACUGUCCACCAGGGGGUGCUUAUUCAGCAAGAGAAUUCUCAUCUCCAGGUGCCUGUCAGGAGAAAGAAGCAAGUACUUUUAACUCAAGAGAAAUUGUGGAGCCAUCAAAGACCUGUCCGACAUCUCACCUCACAGGUCCUGCAGCUUGUAAGCUGGAGAAGGCGUGGACAUGGGAGCAGACCAUGGGGGGGUGUGACGGUAAGGGUUGCUAUGCAUGAGGAAAACCAGAGGGUGCCAUGGAGACAGACAGCUUCAGCCAUCGCCUGGAGACCAGUGAUGGGGCAGGCGGGGCAGAGGUGGGAGCUGGCCUAGGGGGGCUGGGGGUCCCAGAUGGAGCAGGCACGGACUCUGGGUGGUACCUGCCAUACCCAAUCAGCUUCCAGGUGUCCCUGACCAGCUUCCUCAUGCUGGAGCUGGUGCUGGGCUUCAGCAGUAACCUGACCGUGCUGGUGCUCUACUGCGCCCAGUCCAACCUGGUCGACUCGGUCAGCAACAUGGUGACGGUCAACCUGCACGUGCUGGACAUCAUCGUGUGCGUGCUGUGCCUGCCGCUGACCGUGGUCAUCAUCCUGCUGCCCGUCAACCGCAACCUGGCGCUGCUGUGCUGCUUCCACGAGGCCUGCGUCACCUUCAGCAGCAUCGCCACCGCCGUCAACGUGCUGGUGAUCAGCGUGGACCGUUACGACAUCUCGGUGCGGCCAGCCAACCGGCUGCUGACCCCGCGGCGCGCCGCGCUGCUGUUGGCCGCCGUCUGGGCCAUCUCAUUGGCUGUCUUCUUCAUCCCGUUCCUGGAGGUGGAGUUCUUCUCCGGGCUGGAGGGGGGGCCGGGCGACCCCUCCCUGGCGGCCGUAUGGCGCAACCGGACGCUGUUGUGUGUGGGGGGGCAGGGCGACCUCACGGGGCUCCCCAUGUACUACCACCUGCUCCUGCAGGUGCCUGCCUUCUUCACGGCCGUGGUGGUCAUGCUGUUCACCUACUCCAAGAUCCUGCGGGCCCUCAACAUCCGCAUCGGCUCCCACCUGAAGAAGGGCCCGCGCUUCAAGGGCCAGGGCUGCAGGGGGCGCCGCAGGAAGCGCAAAAUGAACGGCGCAGGAGCAGCCGGGGAGGAAGGGGAGCUGAUCAAACCCCUCUCUCAACCUCCCCUCAUCCCCUCGCCCACUCCCACCCCCACCCCCACUGCGACCUCACCCCCACCCUUGUCCUCCGCCCCUCUGAUCGCGGCCGACGGCGGCACCGCCCCGGCCCCGCCCCCACCCACGGUGGGGGUCCAGGCGUCGGUGUCGGCCAUCAUUGCGCUGCGGCGGGCCGUACGGAGGCACCGGGACCGGCGGGAGAGGCAGCGCCGCGUCUUCAAGAUGUCGCUCAUCAUCAUCUCCACCUUCCUGGGCUGCUGGGCGCCCAUCUCCGUGGCGAACGUGCUGAUCCUCAGCCUGGGCCCCAGCGACUGGCUGGUGAGGCUGCGGCUCUGCUUCCUGGCGCUGGCGUACGGCACCACCGUCUUCCACCCGCUGCUCUACGCCUUCGCCCGGCAGAAGCUGCGCCGCGCGCUCCGGAGCAAGGUGAAGAAGCGCGUGGUGUCGCUGCUGCAGGUGGACCCGGCGCCCAGCGGCACCGUCAUACACAACUCCUGGGUGGAGCCGCGCAAAGGCCGCAAAGCCCGCCAGGAGGGCAGCGACGGCACGGACCGCUGCCUCACGGAGGCCGUGCGAGAGUGAGGGGGAGAGAGAGAGAGAGAGAGAGAGAGAGAG